GGGGCCGCCGCUUCGCCCGCCGACGGACGGACGGAGGGAGGAGCCGCUGCUUCGCCCGCCGACGGACGGACGGAGGGAGGAGCCGCUUCGCCCGCCAUGUCCGUGGUCUUCGUCCCGCAGCGGCUGCGGAGCAAAUGCGAAAUAAACCAGGCGACCAUCCAGAAGUUACUUGAUGAGAACAACCAGUUAAUUCAGUGCAUUGUGGAGUAUCAGAACAUUGGCAAGGCUGCAGAGUGCACGCAGUACCAGCAGAUCCUGCACAGAAACCUCAUCUACCUGGCCACGAUAGCAGAUUCCAGCCAGAAUGUGGCCACUGCCCACCCUGCGACGCUCAACCAGCCAAUGACGAUGGGGCCAGGGGCAAUGGAACCUGUUGGAAGAGCUGCAGAUGCCAUGGGAAGUGGAACUCCUCCCCCUGGACAAGGGAACCCUCAUCAGAUGGCAGCUGGAGCCCCCUUUCCCCAGGGACAGACUCACUGCCAACAGGUUACUCCAAGCACCUCGAUGAGUUUACCUGCCAGUAGCCAUGGCAACAUGGGGAAUUUCAACCAACCGGUGGCUCCCCUGCAGAGCAUGCCAGCCCAAGAGCAGAUGGGGGUGACUGUGGGCUCGUCCCUGGCAUCUCACCUGCAGCCAGGUGCUCAGCAGAACCCAGUUCCUGCACAGCAGCAAGGAUCCCAGGGAGAAUUGUUCAACCAGCAGUUCAACCAGACACAGGCUCCGGCCGAGGGAAUGAACCUGCAGCUUUAUUCAGAAGGCAGUAGCUGGUUUGGACCUCCUCAGGGGCAGUUCCAGCAGAAUCCCAGUGCCCACCAGCAGACCUUCUACCAGCAGUACGGUACCCAGCAACCACUGACCAGCACUCCUCAGGAAUUCAAUUCUGCACAGAACUCUCAAGGACAAUUUAGAAGCUUCCAGCAAGAUCCAGGACAACAAUACGUGGCUUAUCGACCUCAGCAACCUGCCCCAAACCCAGCCCAGCAGCAGGCCUUCCAGUACGGACAGGGAGCGGCAUUUGGAGGGUUUCAGUGACUGGACGCAGUCUGAACGCUGGAGGACUGCAUCUCACUGUGGACGCUGUUGCAUCUCGAUCAGGCAGGCCUCCGGAAACGAGGUUGAUGUGGGGGUGGGAAACCCUUCCCCACCCGCUGUCAGCCCUGGAACACUGGGGGAUGCAGGAAGCUGGAGGGAGAGGGCUGUGGGCCCCUCUCUCCCCACACUGCCCGCUCUCUCACGCCUGCCCAAGAGACCUCAUCAUCUGCCUGGGACGGUUCAAGGUGGGGCUUCCCCCACCCCCCCCCCGUCCCCCCAAGGCUACCUCUAUCCCUCCUCCAACCUCAACCACCUCUUCCUGCUCUCCACGCCCUUCCCCAACGCCCCCCCCCCCCCAAUCUGUCCCAGCCACCUCCAAUCCCUUCACCCCUCAGCUAUCUAUAAGCCCCCAUCUACUGUCCAUUGCUCCCCCCGUCCCCGGCAUGCGCUCUCCCCUGUGUACCUGGCAAGCUGCCCACCUGCCUCUUGGAUGUUUGAUCUCACUGGUGCCUGGGACGUGGACUCCCUGACCCUGGGGAGGGGCAGGGCAUCAUCCAGAGGUCAUCUUGUUUGAUCUGGAUCACUCCCAUCUCAUGAAGACGUCAUUCCCUCUGCCUCAUGGCUCCUGACCCAGGUUCUUUGGUACAAGUGGACACAAUCCUCCAGUUGUGGUAGGUUCAAGGCCGAGGCUCAGUACCAACCCAGGUCAUUCACCCCCUCCUGCCUGUGCUGGCUCUUUCAAAGAGCUCUCCGAUUGGUCCUACUCCGCCUCUCUUUCCCCCAUCCUACAAAUUUUUGCAGUUCAAAGAUUCCCCUUGGAAAGAUCCUGUUGAAUGUGUUUCUACUGCCCUUUCACACAGUGGGUCCCCAAUCACAGCAGCUCGCUAGUUUACAGAACUUCCCGACAUCUUCCCCCUCAUUCUUCAGCCGAGUCCUUUGUCACAAGCCCUCCUGCCACUGGAGACGAUUUCCCCUCAUGUACUCAGUCAAUCCCCUGCCUCUGGCAAUCUCCUGAGCAAGGAGAGAAGCUGCAAGCUUCUGCAGUCCCUCGCACUGAAUGGAGGGAGCGAGGGAUGGGAACAGGCCAAGUCCAUGAUAUGCAGAACCUUAGCAUCAGCUGCAGAGGUACUGACUGACAGCCUUCGCCCUGCCCUGUAACCCCUCUCUGGGGCUCUGCUGCAGACAGGGCGGUGUCAGAGUGGGGGGGAAAAUGUGGGCGAGUCUGCUGGCUGUAAAUACGCUCAAAGCACAUUGGUAACAAGACAAUGUUGGGAGAGGUGGUGUCUGGGCAAGUGAUGGUGACCACAACCGUGGAAAAAGCCUGUGGCUGCUCACCCUCACUGGGGAUCGUCGCAAAUCAGUUUUAGUUUUGGAAAGUAAAUCAUUUGGGUAUUUGGUACUUUUAAGGUGAUGUGAUUUGUGUAAUAUUGUGAAGAUUAAAGUGGUUUGUAAGUUCA